AUGCGCACCAAAUCCAAUACCAGCGAAGCUCCAUCAUUCCUUCAAAAAACUUAUGAUAUGCUUACUCUCUCUGGUUAGCGAGAGCAAAUUUUAAUAUAAAAUAAAAUUUUAAAAUAUAUUUAUGAUUAUAAUGAUGAAGAUGAAGAUUCAUAAUUUAUUAAUGAUCAUAAUGAUGAAAUCUCAAGUAAAUUAUAUUGAAUUUAGACAUCUUACGCUCUAUAAUAUAUUUUUUUUUUCAUUAUUACAAAUUUGGAAUUAAAUAUAAAUUAAUCUUGGGUAACGAACAAAAUUUUUCCUCUCUAACCGAGCAGGAAGUUAAUAAUUCCGAAUUAUCAGAAAAUUAUAUAGCAUUUAACUGAAUUCUCCUAAAAAUUAUUAUAGCCUCCCUAUUUUAUAUAGAAAUCCAAAACUUUUUAUUAAAAACAAAAAUCAUGCCUUAUCCCCACAGAUUAUUUCAUGAAGUGAAGAAGGUGACGCCUUUACAAUCAAAAACAUAAAAGAGUUUUCAUCUCAAGUCUUGCCACGAUAUUUCAAACAUUGCAAUUUUGCAAGCUUCGUAAGACAGCUCAACAUGUACGACUUCCACAAAAUCAGAAGCACUGGCAACGACAACACUUUUAAACAUUCGCACUUUAUUAGAGACAGAAUUGAUCUCCUGAAAGAAAUCAAAAGAAAAUCUACCGAGCCAAACUGGGCUGUAACUCCAGUAUACCCUUACAAUUUGAAUUUAUUUAUUUAAAAAAAAAAAAAAAAAAUAGCCGAAUUCAAUAAUAACAGUCAUAAACAACCUUACAAAGUCAGAAAUGGCUCCAAUUAUCCAAAAAAUGAUCGAACUUCACAAGAAAAAUACAGCCACUGAAGAACUCGUUCGGUCACUCGAAGAAAAAGUUGUUGAGCUAACCCAGGAAAGGACUAUUUUAGAUACCCAGCUUUGGAAAACUCAAGAAAGGGUCAGAGAAAUUGAGCAGGCGAUUUAUAUCACUGCCUCCCUCAUGAAAAAAGCCGGGAAAGAGUUCCCAAUGCAUAUUAAAGCAAUCUUCAAAGAGCCACAAUUGAAAAGCAUUCAGCCAGAACUUCCUCAAAAAAGAAGGAAGAUUGAACAAUUGAGCAUUGAAGAGUUGCUGAAAGUCCCUGAAACCCCUAAAGAUAGCAAUGAGAAAGAAGAAAAUAGCCCUUUAAACGAUGUCUCUGAGGCUUUUGACGAAUCCAGCCUGGAGCAUUGGUUGGAGACCUAA